UUUGAACAAUUUUCUUUCCCAGGGCUGGGUGAUGUUGCUUUCCGACUAAGAGAGCUUCAGGAGUCUUGUGAGUCUCUGCCUGACUGUCAUGAGCUCAUCACAGAGUAUGCUGAUAAACUCAAGAUUAACAAUGACUUUGACCGGUAUCUGGAGACCGAUGUUUUGCCUCAGCUCCCGAAUGUUGAAUCCAAACUAGAUGAAGUUACUACCCUUAUAGAGAAUGACAUAGAGAUCGUGGUGAAGCGUGGGAAGCGAGCAUUUGAUUCUAUUGCAACAGAGAUCCAGAACAAAGUUCAGAGUUCCAUACCAGAUAUCAAGGAAAAGAUUUUGGAUGCAGGGGGCCAACUGGAAGAUGAGGCAGAAAGAAUUCACCGAAGAUUGCAACCAACUGAUCUCAGCCAGUCUCAGGAUUCUGACUCCUAUCCAAGAGAGUCAAAUAUUUAUUUAAGGGAGAUAAACAAUUACCUAAGAAUAUUGCAAGAUGGAAUUAAUGAAUAUGCUAUGUACAGAUACUGGGGCUUUUUGGGCCUGUGUAUACUUCUUCUAGUGAUAACACUGUGCUUCACACUGGGUGUGGUGUUUGGCUGCUGUGGUCGCCGCCCUGAUGAAGCCUCCUCCUGCCACAAGGCUACUGGGGCCUCAUGGCUCAUGUGUGGUGUUGGGUUAACAUUCCUGUUCUCUGCUAUAAUUAUGGCUUGUACUACAGCACUGUUUGUCUUGGGUAGUGCCAGUGAGAUUCUGGUGUGUAACCCACUCAGUGAUCCCACCAACUCUGAGGUUUUCUCUGUGAUUGCUGAUCACUAUAAUCUUAAUGACUAUUAUCCACCUGGUGAAGCACCAAGAUUGACUGAAAUAAUCAGCAAAUGUCACAAAAAUCAAAGUCUUUACUCAGUGCUGAGUUUAGACAAUGUCGACAGCAUCCUUGUCAAACUCCAAGACUACAAGAAACGGCUCAACCUUGAUGAAAAGAUUGAUCAGUUAAUGCUUGAAAUUCGUGUUGACACUGAUGUUGAGAUCCUGUCGAGAGAUGCCAAAGAACAGUUGUGGGAGCUUGCCAACUCUUCUGUUGCUGAUAAAGACACCUGGGACUAUUACACUGAUAUUUUGGAGAAGAGAGUUCUUACCAUUGAUUUGAUGGAACUUGCAGCCUUACUUAACCAAACAGCAGACCAGCUACCCAAUGGUUAUCACCAAGUGUCUUUUAAACUUAAAAAUGAUGCCCUUUUCCUAGAGGGAUUGCAGCGAUGGGUAACAUCAAUUGGCUCACUCACAAAAAUUCUAAAGAAAACUACUGCAAGACUCAAUGAGCACCUGAAAUUUAACAAAACAAGUUUACGUGAAGCUAUUGGAGACCUUAUCAGCCAGGCUGAGUUUGCACAACAUUAUCUCCGUGUAAAUGGUUCCCGUGAAGUUACAGAGCUUGUAGCAAGAUUUUCAGAAGAUUUCCUAGCCGAUGUAGAUGAAUAUGUAUCACACGUGGAGACUGCUGUAGAAAAUGAUGUAGGAAGAUGUGGACCAGUCUCCACUAUAUACAAUGCAUCCACUUCAGCUUUAUGUAAAGACAUUAUGUAUCCAUUUAAUGGCUUCUGGGCAAGUGUGGGCUGGGUCUUCUUCUUCUUCCUUCCAGCUCUGAUUUUGUCUGUUCAUUUGUCAUCUCUGUACCGAAAGACUGAACCAUACCCAGGACCUCUUAAUGAAUCGGUCCAUCCCGUAGAUCUACGGCUUUACGUUGAGGGACCAAACUGUAGAUCUGCGCCAUGAGCUCAGCUCACUCUGAUAAGCUGUGAGGGGUAAAUAUGGGCCUAGAUAUGAGAGAAUACAUCUAGGUGGUAUGUGUGCACCACAUAAAUCAAAUCCUGCAGCACGCAGUGCAUAAUGAGAGGAAAAAAACUGAGACCGUAAUUUUC